UAAUUGCUAGAGCUUUGGAUUUUUUUGUGUGCACAAUUGUCCGCUUAAGUAGUUAAUAGUCUGAAAAGCUGUCAGAGUAACUGCAUUAAGGAACGUAAAUACCGUAAAGCAUCAGAUGUAUUUGGGCAUAAUUUGCAGUGAUUUCAGGCUGCUUAUGGCACUGAUAUUAAAUAAUAAUGUUAAAGUAAAAGUAGAGCAAGUGAUAUUUUGUUAGCAACACUGUGAAGUAUUUUGUUGCAUCAUCUGUAGAUCGUGAAGUUGUGCAGUUCAGCAUUCUGGGCACGAUAGAAAACUUCAGCGUUUUAUCCAUCUAGAAACUUUCUGUGCUGACAUUUAGUUCAGUAUGGAUCAUCUCCCUGAGCAAGGAGUGCACAUGUACCUUACACGACACCGGAUGUAUCCCUUCAAUUAGUGUUUCUGCUCAUCUGUAGCUAUUUUGAGAGGAAAGAUGUGGGCUAGGUAGAAAGAGAGCAACUAGGCAAAAGGGCUGCAGGAAGUGAGAAAAGGAGAAGGGAUUCUCCCUUCUCUAAUGGGAAAAAGUGCCUCUGUAGUCCCACUGUUCUGGCUCUUCAGAAGCUUUUGAGAUGUGGUCUCCUGCUAGCACCAGACCUAGCAUUGAUUAAGGUAAUUUUUUCCUUCCUUUCCUUUCUUGGCUUUCUCCCCCAUACCCAGUUCUGGGUUAAAACACAAACAAACAAAUACAACAAACAAAACAACAAAAAACACCAAAACUUUAAAAUUCUUUGUGAUACAGCCUGGAACUACUGUAAGCAGUAGCACAUGGAGUUUUAUUUUUCCUACUUUCCUCUCCUCCCAGAGGAAAUGUCUGACAGUGGAAGGCACCCUGAUUGUCCUCAGAGUGAGUGGUUUCAGAAUUUUGACCUAUUCUUGAAACAGGAUCCUUUUGCUCUGAACAGAGCAAGCAGUGAGGUUAACACAAGUCUGGCUGCCCUGUCCCUUGAUGCUGGCCAGGAUCUGAGCAGUUGAUGGUAUCGUACGCCCCCGCAUUCAAGCAGAUCCAUGAGGUGAAGAAAAGCAGUGUUUAUUUAACAAAGCUGAUUAUUUUCUUAUGAUAGCUAAUUGUUAUUUUAGACUUAUCUCCCCUCAUGCUGUGGAACUGCAAAUAGAUUUAAAUACCAUAUGUGUGUUCAUCCCUCAUAAUGAGAGUUAUCCUUCACAGAAGGAUUUAUGCAUAAAUCUUUGCAGAUACUGAAGUGUUGCCAAAUCAACUUAAUUACCUUGAUGCUUCCAGAUCAUAAAUUUCUUUUUUCUAUGCGCUGUACAAAUGCCUCCAAUAUGCAGUCAUGGAGUAUUUUAGCACUUUUUAACUUAUCCAAGCGCUUUAACUGUGCAUGCGUGAGGGAAGAGGUAGCAUUAGGAUUCAGAGCUGAUGUCUGUUCUCAGAGUUCAAUCAUGCUUAUUUUCUGGUAGCAUUUGAAAUGGAGGUUCACAUCAAAGACAACCAUAUUGCUAAGAGCUUAGAAACAUGUGGAACAUUGCGUGAAUACAUAAAUGCCUGAUUUAUCCAUCUACUGAACAGUUACAGUAACUAGAUAUGUAACACACGAAAAGUGCCAGGAUUACUUCUAUUCAAACAGCUGACUUGAAAUUAGAAAUAGUAAGACAGGAAUCCUCAUGUCAGAUGGUCUAAAAGACAACCAAGUAGCUGGAAACACGUGUUAGCAGAAAAGGUACUUGGGUACGAGACAGGACAUCCGCUUGUUGAUCUUAAUAAGUGUUAAUAUAUUUAAUUAUAGACUCAGCACUGUGGGACAUGUUGCAGCACUUUGGAUUCUGAUCAAAUGCUUUCCUGCAUCUCUUGUGUGGUUUUGGCGACACUAGGCCAGACUGUGGCAUUCUAGGAGUACCAGUUGGAAAACAUGGGAUCUGGUAGUUCUGUAAAUGCCAACUACAAGUACUCUCUACAGAAGUCUGAAAAUGCUUUCAAGGCAGCUGUUCUGAUCCAAAGGUGGUAUCGGCGCUAUGUUGCUCGUCUGGAAAUGCGCCGACGGUGCACUUGGAGAAUCUUUCAAUCCAUUGAGUAUGCCUGUGAGCAGGAUCAGAUCAAGCUUCACAACUUCUUCAGUUACCUCAUGGACAACUUCACACCAAGCAGCAGUAAAGAAAGGGAUUUUAUCAGUCGCAUGUUCAUAAGCGGAGAAAGCUUCAAAGAGGCAGAGCUGGAGAAGUACUGCGACUAUGAAUCCCUGGAGGUGCCAGACUCCUACACUGGACCCCGUCUCUCUUUCCCACUCCUUCCUGACCAUGCGACUGCCCUGCUGGAAGCUUUCAAACAAAAACAACAGCUCCACGCUCGCUAUGUCUUAAACCUUCUGCAUGAGACCAGGAAGCACCUCAAGCAAUUGCCAAACAUCAGUCAUGUCUCCACCUGCUAUAGUGAGGAGGUCACCGUGUGUGGAGACUUGCAUGGCCAGCUGGAUGACUUGUUCCUCAUAUUUUAUAAGAAUGGCCUUCCUUCUCCUUCCAAGUCCUAUGUGUUCAAUGGGGACUUUGUAGAUAGGGGCAAACAGUCCCUUGAGAUCCUCAUCAUCCUCUUUACCUUCCUCUUGAUAUAUCCAAAAGAGGUUCAUCUCAAUCGUGGGAACCAUGAAGACCACAUGGUCAACUUACGGUAUGGGUUCCUUGUGGGGCUGAUGACAAUGUCAAGGGUGUCAUUGCAAAAUCUUACUCAACUUCUGUUCUGUUCCUGUAGGUAUGGUUUCACCAAGGAAGUCAUGCAGAAAUACAAGUUGCAUGGGAAGAAAAUCUUGAAGAUGAUUCAGAAUGUGUUCUGCUGGCUACCUCUGGCCACCAUGAUUGAUCAGAAAGUCCUUGUUAUACAUGGAGGUGUCUCUGAUACUACUGAUCUGGACAUGCUUGAGAAAAUCCAAAGGAACAAAUUUAUCUCUGUAUUGAGAGGGAAGAAAAGAAAAGAGUCAAACAGAAAUGUGGAAGUAAAGGAGAUAAAUGGAGAGAGCCAAGCAGAGCCUGAUUCAGCAGGGAAUGAGACAAUGUCCAGCUUACCCUCACAGCCCCGACCAGCCCAGGCUCCCAGCAUGACCAACAGGGUGGAGUUCUCCAGGUGGGUCCGGCAAACAGUGCAGGAGCAAAUUGAGUGGUGCCGCAAGUUGGUGGACAUCAGCGAUUCAGAGGAAGAGGAGCUCACUUGCUCCAGUUUGGUCUCCUUAACAGAUUUGGAUGGGCCGUGCUGGACUCGGCAAGAGGAGUGGAAGCAGAUUUUAGACAUUCUCUGGAGUGACCCCAUGCCUCAGGAGGGCUGCAGAGAAAAUACGGUGCGAGGUGGUGGCUGCUACUUUGGGCCUGAUGUGACGGGGAACAUCCUUGAGAAGUACAACCUGCAGUUCCUCAUCCGCUCCCAUGAAUGCAAGCAAGAGGGCUAUGAGUUCUGUCACAACCGGAAGGUACUGACCAUAUUUUCAGCCUCAAACUAUUAUGAGAUCGGCAGCAACAGGGGAGCCUAUGUGAAGCUGGGGCCAGACCUGGUGCCCCAUUUUGUUCAGUACCAAGCAAACAAGACUGCCCACACCCUCACCAUGACCCAAAGAAUCAGCAGAGUGGAGGAGUCAGCCUUCCGAGCCCUGCGAGAAAAGCUGUUUGCUCACACCUCUGCCCUCAUCAGUGCAUUCAAGCUGUAUGAUAAAGACAAUACAGGAAAGAUCACGCUGAGCAACUGGGCAACAGCAGUGGAGUCAGUCUUGCGCCUGGGAUUGCCGUGGCGGAUGUUGAGACCACAGCUGGUGCGCAGUACAGCAGAUGGCAUGCUGGAGUACAAGUCCUGGCUUGACGAUUUGGCCAUGGAGCAGAGGAGCCAAGAGCACAUCCAGUCGAGCUUGCUGGAAGUUAUCUAUCGAAACAGAUCCAACCUGGAGACCAUAUUCAGGAUCAUAGACAGAGAUCAUUCAGGUCUCAUCUCAUUUGAGGAGUUCCACCAAACCUGGAAGCUGUUCAGCUCCCAUAUGAACAUUGAACUCACAGACGAUGGCAUCAAUGACUUAGUUCGCAGCAUUGAUUUCAAUAAAGAUGGAAACAUUGACUUCAACGAGUUCCUAGAAGCCUUCCGCCUUGUCAAACAGUCCCAGUAGUGAGAACCCAGGGCAGAUCAUCACAUCCAUUGCCUUGUCUGCAAAGCCAGUAGGACUGUUUCCUACCUAACUGCAGAGCAUGCCCGCGGCUACAAACCAGAGGAAGGCAGAGGAAGGGAAGGCAGGUUCCUGGUGCUCUUCAUUGAAGACAGCAACCACCCAGCCAACAGCUGUGAUCCAUUUGGGGAAGGUAAUGAUAAAAUAGAUAAGUUAUACCUCAAUUAUGACUGCAUUUUAAAAGGAACUGUGUUACAAAUAGAAAACUCUGCUCAAGGGGAGAGGCAAGUUAAUUUCUCUCAUCAAUGCAUGCCACGAAAUCUUACAAGUCUAUUCAAGUUGAGUAAAACUAAAGUAAAGGUAUUUCUUAGAGGCACUGCUUUACUAGGUAGCAAUUGCUAGAGCACAGUCUUCCUUAAUAAUAAACUUUUUUCUAGAUGCCUUGUUCAGGGCUGUUCAUCAUGCCUUCUCUAGAUUUUCAGUUCUACUAUAAACAGUACUAUUUCUGUGACAACAUCUAUUUCUCUCAUUGUUCCUUUGCUUCAGUAAGAUAUAUCUACUAAAAAUAUGCAGUGGAGCAACACACAAAAAAUGAACUACCAUCAUCUCAUAUGUACUGAACAGUCUCUCCCACAGGCUCUUAAAUCUGCCAAGGGUACCCUUUUGAUACUAACUAACUACUCCCCAGCUAAAGCAGUGUUGCUGUAUGCUUGAGGUCGUUCAAUUUUGAAGCAUGAUGCAACUGCAGCUUAAAAAGCAGUGGGGGAGCACUUAAAUUUUUAAAUAAAGUGCAAAGGAAACACAAAUUCUCUUUCUCUCAUACCUGCAGCAGAAUCAUUCUAGCAGAGGUACUAUGGCCUUUGUAAUCAACUUCUUGGGAUAAUGAAAAUUCUGUCUCUAAGGUGAGUUCUAAAUGUGCUGUACAACCUUCUCCUUCAGGUAAUCACGUAUUUUUGUUUCAGUUAUUUUCUGUGACUUGAGGACAGAAAAGGUGGUUCUCCAGUGCCUCUACUACCACUCUGCAGUACUUCGUACCAGUGGUGGCACAAGGGUGCAACCCUGUAUUUUAGUUUGGGGACUGAAGCUGUUAAGGAGUGCUGUGGCAUUGGAUUUGCUGGAAGCUUCACAGCUUCACUGACAUAGCUGAAAAGGAGCCAACAUCAUGCACAGUUAUUACAAAGUCAGACUGAAUUUAUUAUUUUCCAGAAAUUCAAAAUAAAAAAAAGCAGAAGACAAUAUCUAGACACUGUUGUUAGCUGAGGGGCAGAAAAGCACU